AACGGCGCACCGACAGUAAAACGAGUCAACUCAAUCGAACCAAACCGAACCGAACCGAACCGAAACGAGGUUAUCGAACGCGUCGGUCAGGAUAUAUAAAUAAGUGCAGCGAUAAGCCGGAAUAUAGCAAAGCGAAUACCAAACAGAAAUGAUGUGGAAAGUUGUGAUUGUGCUCGUUGCGGCCUUGGCCCUGGCCUCAGCCCAAAAUCAGCCAACCGGACCGCAGACCUGCAGCGCAGCAGGAGUGCAGAGCUUGGACUGGAAUAAUACCGCACUGUUCGGCCGUUGGCUGGAAGUGGCACGCAAUCCCCUAGGCGACGCGCCAGCCUGUUUGGAGUUCAACGUGGGCCUGUUGUUGGACAACACGACGUUGAGCAUUAAUGCCUCCCACUCGAGCUCCAUCGCGUCGCUCUACUCGAACAUCGAUGAGACGGCCAAGGUGGUGCUGACGCCCAAUGCCACGACUGGCUACAAUGUCACCUUCUACCAGGACAAUGCAGCGCAGCCGCCCGUGUUCAUCAAGCUGCUGCAGCUCGUCAACAACACCUACGUCACAGGCUGCGGCUAUACCGAUCCCAAUAAUGCGAAUACCAGCUAUGGCUUCAUUCUGGCCUUACAGGGCAAAUACGAUGCCGCGGGCAUCAAAUUGGUCAACGACCAGGCCUUCCCAUUGUACAGCAAUUUCCAGAACAACUCAUACGCAAACAUCACACAAGCUGGUUGCUACAAAAGCUCGGCCACCCAGUCGCUGCCAAUGAUCUCUGGCAUCCUGGCCGUGGCUCUGCUGCUGAUUAAGGCGUACUAAUAAAGGGAAAAGCCAAAUUGCCGAGCUCGUUAACUUGCUGGCUUGCUACGCGUGUGUAUUGGAUUGACUUUUAUUUAGUUUUUAGUGUUUAUUUAAAUUUGGAAAUCGUGUCGUGACGCAUCUAGGUAAAAAAAAAAAAAAAUAAAAAAUAAGACAUGUAAAAAAAAAAAAACCCUAAAAACGAUCAUGUGCUUCGGUCUUGUCGCUUUCAUUGAACGAAUGUUGUUGCUUUUGUUAUUGUUGUUGGUUUUUAGCAAUCGACGCUUUAAUUUGUACGCGACAAGUACAAAGCACGCGAGAUAAGAUAACAAAAAGCGGGCGACAGCACGGUGCAAAGAUAAAAUUAGAUAGUCAAACAGGUCACCCACAAAUAAAAGAGCCUCGAAACAGCAACAACAAGAGCAACAACAACAGCAACAACAACAGCAACAACAACAACAAUCGCUACAACAGCAACACGAAAAUUCGCUAGUUCACAAGUGCGUUGAAAAUCAAUCAUACGCCCCGCACACGCACCUUUCAAUUUAGCGAGCAAACCUUAUCGGCAGACAAUAAAACAUUUCAUAGAAUUUCCCCUGAUUGAUAUAGCAAAUCACUCAAA